CCGGUAACAACUUCCGGUGCUCUUUUCCACCGGUCUGAGCCACCAUGGGACGGGUCAGGACCAAGACAGUGAAGAAGGCUGCCAGGGUUAUCAUUGAGAAGUACUACACACGGUUGGGUAAUGAUUUCCAUACCAACAAGAGGGUGUGUGAGGAGAUUGCCAUCAUUCCCAGCAAGCCACUGCGCAACAAAAUCGCCGGAUAUGUAACUCAUCUGAUGAAACGCAUCCAGAGAGGUCCAGUCCGAGGCAUCUCCAUCAAGCUGCAAGAGGAGGAGAGGGAGAGGAGAGACAACUAUGUCCCAGAGGUUUCUGCACUGGACCAGGAGCUCAUUGAGGUUGAUCCAGAUACCAAGGAGAUGUUGAAAAUGCUGGACUUUGGUGGCCUUUCCAAUCUUCAAGUCACCCAGCCAACUAUUGGAAUGAACUUCAAAACACCAAGAGGAGUCUAGAAAUAUGUACCCAUCUCUCUUUCAAUAAAGAAAAGUUAUCAGGGA